CCGUGGUGACCCCCUUCCCGCCCCCUCCCCGGCCGCCGUCGCUGCCGCCGCCUCGGCCGACCAGGGACCUGCCUGCCCGCGGCUGCUCCGGAAUCAGAGGAAGAAGGCAGCCAUGUAAGAAAGAAAGCUCAAGAGGAGUCCUGUAAGGGUUAAACAAGAAGCUAAAACAAGACCUAAAGGAUCAAGACAUAAUGGGAGCAUUUUUAGACAAGCCAAAGAUGGAAAAACAUAAUGCCCAGGGGCAGGGUAAUGGGUUGCGAUAUGGGCUAAGCAGCAUGCAAGGCUGGCGAGUUGAAAUGGAGGAUGCACAUACAGCUGUCAUUGGUUUGCCAAGUGGACUUGAAACGUGGUCAUUCUUUGCUGUAUAUGACGGGCAUGCUGGUUCUCAGGUUGCCAAAUACUGCUGUGAGCAUUUGUUAGAUCACAUCACCAAUAACCAGGAUUUUAAAGGGUCUGCAGGAGCACCUUCAGUGGAAAAUGUAAAGAAUGGAAUCAGAACAGGUUUUCUGGAGAUUGAUGAACACAUGAGAGUUAUGUCAGAGAAGAAACAUGGUGCAGAUAGAAGUGGGUCAACAGCUGUGGGUGUCUUAAUUUCUCCUCAACAUACUUAUUUCAUUAACUGUGGAGACUCGAGAGGGUUACUUUGUAGGAACAGGAAAGUUCACUUCUUUACACAAGAUCACAAACCAAGUAAUCCGCUGGAAAAAGAACGAAUUCAGAAUGCAGGUGGUUCUGUAAUGAUUCAGCGUGUGAAUGGCUCUCUGGCUGUAUCGAGGGCCCUUGGGGACUUUGAUUACAAAUGUGUCCACGGAAAAGGUCCUACAGAGCAGCUUGUGUCACCAGAGCCUGAAGUCCAUGAUAUUGAAAGAUCUGAAGAAGAUGAUCAGUUCAUUAUCCUUGCAUGUGAUGGUAUUUGGGAUGUUAUGGGAAAUGAAGAGCUCUGUGAUUUUGUAAGAUCCAGACUUGAAGUCACUGAUGACCUUGAGAAAGUUUGCAAUGAAGUAGUCGACACCUGUUUGUAUAAGGGAAGUCGAGACAACAUGAGUGUGAUAUUGAUCUGUUUUCCAAAUGCGCCCAAAGUAUCACCAGAAGCAGUGAAGAAGGAGGCAGAGUUGGACAAGUACCUGGAAAGCAGAGUAGAAGAAAUCAUAAAGAAGCAGGGGGAAGGCGUCCCUGACUUAGUCCAUGUGAUGCGCACAUUAGCAAGUGAGAACAUCCCCAGCCUCCCACCAGGGGGUGAAUUGGCAAGCAAGCGGAAUGUAAUUGAAGCCGUUUACAAUAGACUGAAUCCUUACAAAAAUGAUGACACUGACUCUACAGCAACUGAUGAUAUGUGGUAGAACUGUUCAUCUAGCCAUGGAAUUUACCUUCACCUCCAAAGGAGAGUACAGCUCAUCUUCACUGAACCUUUUAAACAUCUGUCAUCAACUUUAAAGAAGGGCAUAUGACAUGGGUGAGAGUGGUUACACCAGAGAACUUCAGCAGUACAACAGCUAGCCCAGAACUGAAUUUUUUUUUGUAAAUUUGAGACUUAUGUAAACGUGAUUUCAAACCAUAAUUCAUGUUGUAAAUCAGACUCCAGCAAUUUUUGUUGUAUGAUUUUGUUUUUUGUAAAGUGUAAUUGUCCUUUGUACAAAAUGCUCAUAUUUAAUUAUGAACCGCUUUAAAUCACUAUCAAAGUUGCAAGAAAUGUUUGGCUUGUUGUGUGACGCAACAGAUAUAUAGAUCUUUCAAGUCAUGUAUUUGGACUCGGGGUUGGGACAGGGAGAGCAGCAGCCAUGUCAGCUAGACAUUCAAAUGUGCACUUGAUUAUGGAGAAAAAUUCCAAAAUCUCAUAAAGCCAAACAUCCAGAGAGUUAAUUGGAAACUAUCAUAAUGUUCUUGGCAGAGGAUUGGCAUUGUUGAUAAAGCUGGUCCUUUCAUUUAACUGUCUUUCAGGUUGUUCUCUACUUGUUGCCGUGAGUAUUGCAGGUUAUGCAGUAUAUUCAUGAAAAUAUCAGUCUUGGGGCUUAAAAUGCCUUGAUUCUUUGCACCUCUUUUACAAGUCCUUACAUUUAAUUAUUAAUUGAUAAGCAGCAGCUUCCUACAUAUAAUGGGAGACUGCCACAUUUUGCUAUCAUGAUUGGCUGGGCCUGCUGCUGUUCCUAGUAAGAUAUUCUGAAUUCCAUUUUAUCAAUAAAGCUUGAUUUAACAAACAAGAAAUUAAAUCAUGUAUGUGUAAUUCCUCCUUUACCCUGCCCUUUUAAAACAUCAUGCCAUUGUAAAUGAGAAGUUUCUCAUUGGGAAAGAUCUUAGUCUCUUCUAAUUGGAAAAUCCCGUUACUCAAGGCAUAGCUGGAACUGUUUCCCUUCCAUUAGCAAGACUAAAAGAUUUAAGUCUCUGUUGUUCCUUAAUCUGUUUUUUAAAUGGGUUUCUUUCUGGCUGCUUAUAUUUCAUUAAGAUUGUAUCAGUUCAAAUUUGCCUACUGUUUUAAUUAAAAUAAUUGUCAGAGCUUGACAAUCUUAACACCCUUAUGAUAGGUGUGUGUAUGUUUGUGAGUGUGUGUUUGCCUGUGAUUUUUAAUUGGCCCAUGUCUUUAGAAUCCAAGUUAAGAUGUAUUUGUGAUUUGAAAUAUAGCAUGUUGAUAAUAUUUAGCUGUUGGCCUUUAAAAAUAACUUUCAAAAUUUAAGGAACUGUAGAUAUAAUAAUAACCUAAUUUAAUUUAGGCUUAAAUUACUCUAAGCAUGUGAAAUUAAUUUUAAAAUCUGUCACGUUGAAAAGACUACUGUUCUGUGCCCUUCUGUAUUUUUGUCUCUAGGUUGAAUAUUGUAUUUAUCACCAUGUUAAUUAAUCAUUCAGUAGGCAGAUUCCCCACUAGAAAACUAUUAAAAUACAACAUUGGAAUACAAAAUCAAAAUUUUUUGUAUAAAAGAUAAUAUAAUCAGUUUUGUUAUAUCGUUUUUUCCAUAACUUGGUAAUAUACAUAUUUGUAUAUAUAGUCUUAAAACUAAUGUAAAGUUAGGGGAGUAGUGGAAAAGUAAUGUGAAAUGUCUCAGAUUUAAGUAGUUACAUACCAGCAAAAUCUUUUCAUUAUCCCUCUUAUUUGUGAGGUGAGUAAAUGUAACUUAAUUGUAUUUAAUUUAUCUUAAUCCAGCAUGAGUGGAGAAAAACAAGUACUAUUUAUAUUUAGAAAUUCGUAACAGUUGGAAUUAGAAAACCAAUUCCAUACUUAACUUACAAAUAAAUGCUUAAUGUGUAAAUCUGUGGUAGAGUGCGCAGUAUGAUAAUGUUUUAAGUUAUGGCUUUGCAAACAUCUAAAUGUACAUUUAACGAAUAGUAGUCCUUCUAGUAUAGAUUGAUUACCAGACAUACUGGUACUUAAAACUGAGUCCCUAUUAUAAGAAGCCAGGUUCUGAACUUUUUAAGUAGACUCAAGUUUUUUGUUCUAGAAAUUUCAAAACCUUGAAUUAAAUUUUUGAAAUGCAAAAUCUUAAAUUACAAGUAAAAUAUAUGGUAGAAAGCUAUAUUUUAAACUAAUAACAGCAUAUAUACUCUUUUAAUUUGAGAGUCUUUAAAUAGAAAAGAGGUUAAAAUAUUCCUCUGUUAAAAUUAUUAGUACUGAAAUAUUAGGUUUGGAAGUGAGAAAAGUCUUUAAUAAGUGUGAUCUAAGAAGACUAAGUCUUUUCCACAUGAGUCAGCAUUGCCACAUUAGAUACAGUUUUUCAUUAUAAAAAUAUAGGAAGUAUACAUCGUAACAACAGACUGUGUGUUCUUCAUUUCUGGGGGUAAUGGUGGUGGUAGGGAACCAACCAUACUUUUUUUACAAGGCACUUUUGCACCUCUUUUGUGCACUUCAUUUUUGUACCACUUAAAUUCUUGGCAUCCCACCCCCUUUUGUGUGCUAACUAGCAUCUCAGGGCAAUGCCUCAAAUUUUUUUGAUGUGUUGUAUGUUAUUUUCUUUGGAGGGAAAAAGUUCAUGUGGGAUGAUAGCAUACUAUUCAAAAUGUACUUUCAUUUAAAUGUUUUAAUAGGAUGAACCCACUUUGCUGCUUUUAAUAGGAGAUUCCUUUUGUAUAGCAGGCUCUUGUUACCCUAACAUUAAACAAUUUCACUGAUCUCUUAUUGUUUUAGCAAGGUAAACUCAUAAUUUCUACUUUCUUAGGGAAUAUACUUUUACAGAUAACACAAGCAUUUCUCAGUAUUAGCAUUAACUUUUAAAAAUCCAAGAGGUAUUUUUCUUAACUCAGCUUUAGAACUAUUUCAGAUGUAUUUUUAAUUAUAAAGCAUUAACUUGCUUCUAGACUACUAUGCAAUUAGUGUACUGCUUCAGCCACUUAAUUUUUUUACUAACUUAAUAACAUUAAGAAAUUUGGAUCAAAAAAUAAAUCAAUUAUGUAAUUCAAAUAAUCUGAGUUAUAGUAGUACUUUUAGUGACCAUUGGUUUGGCAAUAUAUUAAUCCAGCUAAUAACUCAGAUUUUCCACAAGAUGUAUUAAGUAGUUAUUUGCAAAACACUGUUCUAGGCAAAGCACGUUGGACUAUAAAGAAAUGAAUAAAUAGGUCCUUGCCCUCAAGGAGUUUAUAUUUUGAGUAGAAUUUAUAUUCUAAUGUAUGUUACUAAUAUAACUGGAUCACUCGUCCAAAAACAUAGGUAUUGUCCACCUAAUAGUUAUAUUAUCUGCCAGAUAAUUUCCUGAAUUAGGCAGAUCUCUGCCUUAAAGACUGGUCUGUAUUUUCUUCAUUCACUUGAAAAUCUGUUUAUUUUCUUCACAAAGUUGAAAAUCCCAUAAAUUUUGCUCAGCAUAGGAAUAAAGUUGGACUGAUGAAGCUCAAGUCUAUUCAGCAUGCUUAAUUGUGUUUAACAAAUGGCUUUUACUCUCCUGCUGAGAGAAGCAAGUCAGAGAAAGAGGUAAUAGAUUUCUUAGAAUUCUGCAGCCCUUAAAAUUUUGGUGUAUUCCGAGUUUAAGGCAUUUAAAAAUAUACAUAAAUAUAUAUAUGGCUAAAUUUAUCUUAUUUAUAAGUACAACUGUGUGUUCUGUUCUGUUCUUGAAAACAUACUGCCAGUGCUAAUAUCCAAUUUUAGCUAAAUGAUUACUAUGUGUUUUAAUAUUUCAAAAUAAUUUCACUGCCUAUCUUGACUGGACAAAUUCAUAUGGAAAUUCAGUUUGUGAUUUCUGAAAGAAAUGAUUAAAUUGGUUAAGGGUGUUUUUUCUGUUUUAAUUUUGAACUUCAUGAUGUGUAUACUUUCAAUUUAUAAAGUUUGAAUGAGAGGUCUAAACCUUUUUAUGUUUUGAUUGCUAUUUGUACAGUUUUAUGUUAGAAUUUGGUAUUAGAAAAUAUUAUGUAAAUAUUUGUAUAUAAAUAUCACUCAUUUGAGGUUUUUCUUUGAAGGGACUGUAAAGAGUUUCAUAUACUUCUUGCUUGCAAAUCCUGCUGGUGAGGUGACUAUUUUUUAAUUGAGUCAUCUAGUCUUCUAAUUAGUUUUUUUUUAAGCACUUAGGAAGACUUCUUUAUAGUUUAAAAUUUUACAAGCCUAAUUUUAUUUUAUUUCUUUUAGUAAUGUGCCAUGAGUUUUGGACUGUAUUUCUUUUAAAUUAAAUAUUAGUUCAGAAUAUGCUUGAAAUAUUUAAGAAUACAUUUUCUGAGUGUUACGAGUAUAACACUAUAUUGUUUUGUUGGAAUAAUGUGUCAGUCAAGUGUUAGUUAUUACUGAUAGGAUGCUAUAUGCAGAAAUAAUGAAAGGCAUUAGGCUCCACUCCAUUGUCAAAUAAACAUUUCCACUUUUGUUCCCCUCAACACAGGUUUUACCUGCUGUAUAUAUUAAACUUGUGGCUUCUGAGCUCAUCUUUUUCUAAGUAUAUUACCAACAGGUAGCAAUGUGCCGAUUAGAAAAACUAAAAUAUAUUGAAAGUAUAGUUGAAAACUUAUACUUUUAUUAGUUGGGGGGGUUGUUUAAAUUGAUAUAAUAACAAAGUGACUUUCCGGCCCCACUUAUCCUGCAUGAGAUGUUGCUUCAUUUCCUGUAAUAGCCUCUUGGUGUUUUCUCCCUUUCUUCAGACGGAAACAGGCCAAUUCUGUUGUUUUUUUUUUUUUAAGCAAGAAAACAAUGUAUUACCUUACUAAAGCCAAUUAAUACAUUGUAAAACUGGGCUAAAAAUAAAAUUAGGGAGAUGAAGGAGUGAAUUAUACCAGUGAGGAUGACAGAGGAAGAUUAUUCUUUUUUUUUAACGUUUUUUUUAUUGAUUAUGCCAUUACAUUUGUUCUAUUUCCCCCCCUCCGUUCCCCUCCGCCCUGCACACCCCUCCCCUACUAUCCCCCCCCCUUUAGUUCAUGAACACGUGUCUCAAGUUCUUUAGAUUCUGUAUUUCCCCUACUAUUCUUACCCUCCCCCCUGUCUAUUUUCUAUCUACUGUCUAUGCUACUUAUUUUCUGUACCUUCUCCCCCCUUCUCCUCCUCCCACUCCCCUGUUGCAUAGGAAGGUCUUCUUGGACCCAGCUGUGUAUUAAGAACUGUUGCGUCACAUUAACCAGCAAGAAACAACCUUUACUUCUUCAGAUGCUUUGAUUUUUCCACCAAGGGAAAUAAUGAUAAAUUCUUGCUGCUUCAACAUAGAAACAACAAAGAAAAGUGAAUGCAGUGUUUCUUCACCACAAAACCCAACCCUUCAGUUCUUUUCAUUGUUCCAAACCCAGUUUUCCACUAGUAGCUUUGUUGUUGAACGAAAUGUUUAAAAAGUUCAAUAGUUUCUCCUUUCUUUAUACAUAGUCCUCCUGACCCAGUAAAGGACAUAUAAUAAUGUUUGUAUUUGUACAGUACUAUCCGAAGUUACAGUUUUUUAGGAGGUUAGGUAAUGAUUAUAUUUAAGUAUAGGCAUAAAUUCACUAUAGCCAUGUGUUACCCUUUUAGGGUUACUUUGAGACGGAUGAAUCCUAGGAACUUCCUUACCCAGGAAAAUAGACAUAACUCCCCAAAGUUUACAAUAUUGCAGUGGUUCAGGGGCUUCUGCUUAAGAUCUCAUACUAUAGCACAAUAGGGCAUUGGCUUUCUUCCUGCAAAGCCAUAAGAAAUAUUUCAAGGGCAUAAAAAUAAUUUGACUCAAAGAAUUGUUUAACUUUUUUAAAGGCAGAGGCAUCAAAAUAAUUUGACUCGAAUCGUUUAACUUUUUUAAAGGUGUGAGCCUAGGCAGGAAUCUGACAUUAAAUAUUCUUUAAAAUUUCUUGUUUUAAUCCUCACCCAAGGAUAUGUUUAUUGAUUUUAGAGAGAGAAAAAUAUCAAUUGGUUGCCCCAACCAGGGAUUAAACCCACAAACUAGGUAUGUGCUUUGACCAGGGAGCGAACCCACAACCUUUCACUGUACAGUAUGAUGCUCCAGCCAACUAAGCCACCAUGCCAGCGCUAAAAUAUCUUUUUAAAGGUUGUGUUUUGGAGGAAUGGGAGAGUGAUUAAAGAUGAAAAAAUAGUAUUAGGAUAAUUUUGGAAGAUAACAUUCUCUGAUUUUGCCACUUUUAAAAGUCAACAGAAAAGAGGUGAAACACAGAUUGAGUGUUUCUAGAAUGUUUCUGACCUGCAUGGUGCAGAUGCAAUCUGGACAUGGCAGCACCUACAUUCAGCACGUUUUGAUUGUCAGGUCUCACUCAGGUUUUAAGAUUUUGAGCUUCUGGUGUUAGAGUUCAUUAAAUGUUUGAUUCGCUUCAGGUUCCAAGGAAUUAGAUAUUUGAGUAUUGAUAGAGAAUAUUAAAAAUAAGAUGUAAUAACAUGGCAGCCACCAAUGUACAGGAGUAAUGAGAUUUCUACUGAAAUAUAACUACCAUGAAAAAAUUCAUUAGCUUGUUGCAGUUGUUACCACGAUUAGAUGUUCAGUUACAGCUUAUUUAAUUACCAUUUAUGGAAAUUUUGAAGCAGAAACCAUUCAUUGUCUUAGUUGAUUAGUCCUUAACUAAGUCACCAUUGUACGUACUCGUAGGAAAAUAUCUUGUUUGUAGUUAUAUUCUCUGUUCUGGUUGGUUUCACUAUUGAAAUUAUUUUUUUCUCUUAAUUUGUAUCAAUAUUAUGAGUGGAGAGACCAUGUACAUAUUAAAAGCAUGUUGCAUUAUA